CGGGGCGCGCGGGCGGGAAGCGAGGAGGCGGGCGGGCGGGCGGACCAGCGAGGAGCGCGGAGAGAAAAGGCGCGAGCGGCCCAGAGGGCACAGGCCGGACACCUUGCUGCUGCUGCUGCCGCCGCCGAGCCGCCUAGCGUGUACUGAUCCAGCUCCACUAAGAAGAACACAGGGCCGCCGCCAUGUCCAGCCGGGGUGGGAAGAAGAAGUCCACCAAAACCUCCCGGUCUGCCAAGGCAGGAGUCAUCUUCCCCGUGGGGCGGAUGCUGCGGUACAUCAAGAAAGGCCACCCCAAGUAUAGGAUCGGAGUGGGGGCGCCUGUGUACAUGGCCGCCGUCCUGGAGUACCUGACAGCGGAGAUUCUGGAGCUGGCCGGCAAUGCAGCGAGAGACAACAAGAAGGGACGGGUCACGCCCCGGCACAUCCUGCUGGCUGUGGCCAACGAUGAAGAGCUAAAUCAGCUGCUAAAAGGAGUCACCAUAGCCAGUGGCGGGGUGUUACCAAACAUCCACCCCGAGUUGCUAGCGAAGAAACGAGGAUCCAAAGGGAAAUUGGAAGCCAUCAUCACGCCACCCCCUGCCAAAAAGGCCAAGUCUCCAUCCCAGAAGAAGCCCGUGUCUAAGAAAACAGGAGGCAAGAAAGGGGCCCGGAAAUCCAAGAAGAAGCAGGGAGAAGUCAGCAAGGCCGCCAGCGCCGACAGUACGACCGAGGGCACGCCCGCCGAUGGCUUCACGGUUCUCUCCACCAAGAGCCUCUUCCUGGGACAGAAGCCGCCCCAGUGAUGCAACCUUCCAGACGCCAUGGUUUUGUAAAAGAUGAUUCACUUUUGUUGAAAAUAAAAAUGAUGCAAAGGCUUUUAAGACCUGAGAAUGAAAGUUAAUUAAUCUUUCUCUAUUAACACACAAAAAAAACAAAACAAAACAAAACAAAAAAAACGAAUGGAGAGGGAAUUAAACUUUUCUUACUUUUUUUAUCCUACAUUAAAAAAAAAUUAAAGGCAUGAAUUUGAUCUCCCAUGUAAAUUGUGUGUAGUUGGAUGUGGUUAACAACUUGGAUCUGAAGCUGCAUCAUUUUUACAACCUCAUCGUCCGUUUUCUUUUGCAUCUCGGUGACAUAGCCCUCCUGCUCAUGUCAUUGCAAGCGCUCCUCCUUUCCCUCCCCCUUCCCUGUGACUGAGGCAGGCUCUCCUGACGCAAUGCCAGUGGUGGACUCUGUGUUCCAGCAAAUAACCAUUGUGGUUUACCUUUUAUAACCAUUAUCUGUAUUUUGUACGCAUUUUUCAAAGGAAAAAAUAAGCAGCAUUAGUUGUCAUCUUAAGGUCUGGGGCUUUGAACAUUUUUGUUUAAAGUAUUUUUUUCUUUAUUUAGAAAAGGCCAUCUCAGCAGUGAAGGCAACCACCGGGGUCUCCUUGCACACCCUUUAACACGCCCUGUGGGCCAUAUAUUGAAAGUUAAUGGGACCUGUCAUCCAAAUGGCUUUGUUUUGAAGGAAAGUGUGAAAACCCCUGCCACUUAGGACUAGCUCCUGUGUGUUUCAGAUCCCUAAUGCAGAUGAUUAGCCUUGGCUUGGAAGCCUGUUAAGCAGGUAGGACACGUUAGCCCCUGGGUCCACCCUCACUUCUUCUCCCACCCUGCCCUUGGGUGCUAUGACCCUGGCCUCUCCCUCCCCAGUAUUCCUGCUACCUCCUGCUGGCUACCCCAAAGCCAGCCUCAGACCAGAACUCCUCACACCCUGUGCCAGGUGAGCCCAGGUAUUUCCACAAUAGCAGUGCUCAGCCCAACGGAGAUCCCUUCCUGCCCUUCUUGAUCUUGGGAUCAGGGCCCUGUCUGGACUCUAUUGCACGUGAACCCUGGAAGGGAGGCGGCAAAGGCUGCAGACGCCUUGCUAGCUCCUCGGCAACAAGCAGCACCAUCUUCUCCUCCAUUUGGAGCACACCUGGUCUCAGGCCUCAGGAGCAGGCACCACAGGCAUGAAAGUACCAGACAGUACAAAUCCAGCUAAUACUAACUAUACCCCACUCAGGGUUGGGGACGGGAGAGUCCAGAACCUACAGAGCAGUACUGAUACUCUAAUCAUUUACAGACAUGUCAGCUCAUGUUAUUCAAGACAGAGGAAAACGGAAGAAGUAGGUUUGACAAAUGAAACCAAUGUGCCUGUUUGACUUUUGGAGGGAGAAUCUGAAAGGACUGGUUGAGCUGGAACGCAGUGUAGAGAGAGUGGUCAGCUGUAAGAGAAGGGGCUGAGGACAGAACCUGAUGGCCCACCUGCAUAGCAUGCAGUCAUGUGUCAGAGAUGAGAACGAAACACCAAGCUACCAUGAGACGACCCUUUGCGUUAAAUGUGCUUCCAGGUUAAUGACCCAAGCCUCCCACAUCCAGCGCCAGCGACCCCCAACUCCAGUACCACAGACACUCUUUAGCAGAAUGAACUGUGUCCCCUCAAAUGUGGCAUCACAGAAUAAAGUGGCACCUCACGUCAGCCUGGACACCAGUAUUAGAAGCUAGUGUGCAGGCAGCCCUUCCGGAACCUGGGCCCCUGCAGCAGGAGAUGGAUGAGUGUUUAUAUUGGGUUUUCGGAAAACUCAUGACGUAGUUUUCUGUUUUUUGUUGUAAAAAUGCACCAUGACUUUUCCGACAACCCAGUAGUUUGGAGCAUCAUUUUGAAGCAGUUCUUGCUGGCCCUUUAUUGGCCAUGACUUACAGGUGAAAGUCAUGGCAUAUAGUGCCAAAGGGGCAAGAGUCAGAAAGCUGACACAUAGGAAUCUACACAAAGCACAUUUUAAAAUGUUAUUAUCACAGAAUUAAUUGUGACUUGGAUUUUAGGAAAUGUUUCCAAAAGGGUACUUCAGAACGAUGACUGUACGGUACCCUGUGUUCUCUGAGUCUUAUUUUUCCUACCUGUUACAGUGAAACCAAGGCUUGAAUAUUGCAAGCAAGCUGGGGUGGAGAAAGGUGAUACUGUGCUCCCUGCAGCCACAUAAGGCAUGGUUGCUAAGCUACUCACAGGAGAAGCCAGCUUGGGCUUAGGAGCCUGGGAUCUAAUUGUUGUUGAUGAUGUAUUUCACAUACUGCAGUCUCAGGGUAAUCGCCCUCAUUACUCUAUGAUUUUAUCCAGUGUUCACACACGUUGUAUUAUUUUCAAAAAGAAAACUGCUGUGAAUCUGAACUGACUAAAUGUUUUUGCUUUGUGGUUAAAUGGAGAGUUGCAGCCCCUUUUCAUGUUUAAAAACCUAAUGGUUUAAUUUCUAAAAAAAAUACUUCCAAUGUGUUUCUCGAAAUCUGUGUCAGUGGUAGUAAAUUUAGUAGUGUCAGUAGUAUUUGAAGCAGUUGGGAAGGCAGUGUAAGGAGGGUAUGAGUGAGGCUUCACGCCUCCCCAACCAUCAGGAUUGCAUCUGCAGCUCUGUAGGCCCCUAAAGGCAGGGGUGGGGUUCCACGGCUCUUCUUCCUCAGAACCAGACACCCCACUCCGGGGGCUGGAACACUGCAAGGAGAGAGCGAGCUCUUGAAGCAGCAAUGAGGAGGAAAGGGCUUUCCAUCCUGUGGCUGACUGUUGGCGUCUGAGAUAGUUUAGGAAACUGACUAAGCAAUGAAGAGUGUUGACUCAGCUCCUGGGCCUCCAUCAGUGCCCACACGUGUCCUUAUCUUUGUGUGACACGUUCUAGCCUGAAACUCAUCAAAUACCAGCGCCAGGCCUGAGGCUUCUGGAGGAAUUCGGGCUGAGAUGCAUGCAGGGUGGGCAGCAUAGUACACAUGAAGGAGCCCUUCAUCCCAGAAGCAAGGGCAGGAGAGUGGGCCCGAGAGUGGGCCACCGAGAAAACGUGGGUCUCCGUGAGGAAUUAGGAUCGAAGACAUGGCCCUUCCCAUCCUUCUUAGUUGAAGCAGACUUUGGGGACAGGAGAAGAGCUGCAUUCUGUGUGACUAGCAUGGGGAAGUGAGACUGGCCAGUUCUCCCUCAUUGUCCAUUUUGAGGGAGUGCGAGACACCAAAAUGUGACAGUUACAGGCUAGUCUAAGCAUGUCACUUGGAUAGUCUGUAACAAUCACUUUCAUUUCCUAAAAUUGAAUUUCUGAUCAUAUUACAUGAAAAAGGAUUGUACUGUUUCCUGUAGCCAUGCAGCCUGGAUGUCUAUCCAGGAGCUCCCAGCCAUCAGCUCCUUACCCAUUAUGGACAGGCCACCUCUUGACUUGUCCUAGAUGGUGGGUGCCAGCCUCCUUUCCAGGAUGGCCAAGUUGUCCCUGAGCCCCCUCAGGUCUAAGCCAGGCCAAGGGCCCGGGUCCUGAGAUGCCGUUUCCAUUAGCCCUGCUGUAAGGGCAGGGGGAUGUUCAUUUCAUCUCAGUUACGUUAGGGUGCUGGACACUCAGUUCCAGCUCUGUUUGUGUGCCCAUAGAAACCUGAGCACUGUCUUAGGCGUUGUGUGGCCCUCAGCGUAGGAGGCAACCCACUCUGUGCCCUCAAGGAGCUUGUCCGCUGACAAGUUCACAUCAUGAGUAGAGAACGGGUUGAUGUGGGCAUACCCACCUAGAGGGAAGACCUGGGUGCUGGGGACUUCAGGGGUGGCUAUAGCAGAGCCAGCGGAGCUUAGGAUCAGCAGGUUCCCAUGCUGGAAGGGAUCUUGAAGGACACUUGCCUUAAGGCCACUUCUUUCAACUCUGCAGCCGAGUGGGACCCCCUUCUGCUCUAUAACUGGCGAUACCUUUUGGUCACUCUCUCCAGUGGCCAACAAGCCACAGAUAUUUUAAGUUCCCCAUGCUGUUGUUGAAAACUUAGCCUUCCCUCUUUCCCAAUGACGAGACAAAGAAGGCCACCUUAUUCAAAUUCUGAAAUCAUUACUGAUCCUCUUCCCUCAUGGAAAAGCAGACUAAACUUGGGAACUGAGAUCCCCAGAAACCUGAUUUCCCCUGCUCUGCCAUGUGCUUCAGACAGCCACAUGCCUCUUUGGCUGAGAGGCCCAGGCGGAUUUGGCCCUGGGAGGUGGUGGGAGGCCUGGGCCCCCCCCCCAGGACUGGCAUCUGUCUUGCCCCUACCAGGCCUGUUCGUGUGUCCACUGGACAGCACAUCCUUUUCAGACAUGCAUUUGCAUCCCAUGCUCAUAGGCUCUCUUCUCCCGUCCAGGGGAGCUCUGUGUUUGUUCACGAUCAUCUCACUCAUUGUUGACUCCUGCCCACUGGGCCAGCCUGCCCAGGCCAAGUGGAUGACCCCUUAGUCUUCCCUGAGUACCUGAAGCAAUCUGUCCUCUCCUCUCCCCAUUCCUCUCCCAAGCAGACACCCCACCACACAGAUGCCCCUCCCACCAAGCACACGCUUUAUAGUUAAGAGGAUUUUAAAAAUAAACAUGUGUACACAGUCAAUAGCAGCAAAACUGCCUUGUGACUCACCCUGGCGCACAGCAGAGCACAGCUGGAGAGUCAGCACUCAGGUGUGCGUGAGCGUGGCCCAGCUCCCGUCUACCUGGUUCACCUGGGCUGCUCGUGGCUCCCUGGGGUGCAGGAUUCUGUGCUUCCACAGGCCGCUGCCUUGGGCCAGGAGGGAGGGUGAGUCCAGAGUGCACUGGAAGCUCUCCGAGGAACUUGAGUUCUGUUGGCAACCACUCCCCGCUUCAGCAAAGCUACGAACCCCCCCAGCUUCCCUAGGGAGCCCCUUCCUGUAGACAGAGGCUGGUUCUUCCCAGGCAGCAUCAGAAACAGGCCACUGCGGUCUUCCUGGCUAAAUUGGAGUCCAUGAAAAUAGCUACUUUUCUGGUGAGGCAUCUCUGAGUACAAAUCCAGUAGCAUCUAUACAAGUGGAAAAAAGUAUAGUGUGAAUUUUAAGGAUUUGAACGUGUGCAGGUUUUAGACAAACGAAAAAGGACUCGCACAGAUGUGUACUCCUCCACACCACACCUAGUGAAGUGUUCCUUUCCCUUUUUUCUCCUCCUUCCUUCCCCAAUGACCUCUUGCCACUUCGCACAGUGGGGUUCUUUUGUUUGUUUGUUUUGGAUGGGGGGACAGGGAGUUUUGGCUUAAUUUGAGUUUUUAUCAACAGUUUAAAGUCAAACGCAGUACUUACAUGAUAUCAUAAUGAAACCCUUUACCUUGUCCUGAAUUCUGCACAUUCACUCGCCUUACCCUGAGACCCCCACCCCCAUCUGUGCCCACUCACGCCCCUUCUCCCUGAGCGAGGCAGGUAGCACCCUGGCCCCUGAUGCUUGUCUCUCUUCCACGCCUCUGUCCUGGCACCAGGGCCCUGCGCUUCUGAGAGCGUCACUAUGUGAGAUCACUCCCAGUGGGCUUCCUUUGGCUCCAGGGAUGUGGGUGGCCCCUGCCCACCCUGCAGUGUUGGGAACCAUUACCCCAAAAAGUCCAAGGGGAGAAAACUUGUUCUUUUCCCUUUGUGUCCAAACUAAAAUGCAGACACCGCUUUGUGCCAGGGCCUAGCCAGAGUCCAUUACCAGCCAUAUGACCAAAUUUAUUGCCACAACUUUUCUCUCACAAAGGAUGAUGGCUUUUCGUCUAAGCAGGUCCCUUUGUUGAGAAUCUACUGACUGUUUCUGGGAAUCAGAAAUGUAGAUUUAUAUUUCUGAUGCUUCUAGAGUGUCAGGUUUCUUGUUUGGUUUUGUUUCCAACAAAAUCUUUGGCCCCAGAAAUUUAGUGACUUGGAGCUCUGUUGCCAAGAGUCUCCCUGCCACGGGUCCUUGGAAUGACAGCCCAGACAGAGGCUUCAGCCCCACUGGGCCCGCCGGCUGCAGUCAGCUCUCUCAGCCUGGACUUCAGUCGGUGUGGGCACCAGCUCCUCUGGGGGCUCUUGGCUGAAGCUAUUAGGAAUUUAUGUCACUGAAGAAAGAGCAUCUUCAGAGAGAGCGAGAGCGCGAGCGCGAGCGUGCACGCGCGCGCUUUGCCACAGGCACUUGCAGCUGAGAACGAAGGGGAAGAGGGGGAUCCUGGACAGUAGUCCUGGACCAGCUAAUGGCCCUACUGACCGCCGAGUCCACAACUCAGGAUUUCUCUCAUACUGAUGGUUGCUGUGGCCACAGAGUAACAGUGAGGAGGAAGGACAUUCAGUGGCUCUUUAGAAGAGCCAGUUGGUUGGGUACUCAUAAAACACACUCAAGGAACAUGCUGGGCCCAUUGGGCCUCAGUAACCUCGCCAACAAGGUGAAAACCGUUUGAGGGCCCCAUGGUCUCACUAGAGAACUGCUGUUUCUCUUCCCCGGGUUCCAUCAGAACUUCAGCUUUACAUGACUAAUAGGUAAAGGUAGAUGUUACUGAGCAAAAGACCAUUCUCGCUCCCUGCCACCCCUGAGCAGGACACUGGAGCCAGCCAGCCAGUAGUCACGGUGACGGGGACAGCCUUAAAGACUCGUGGCCACUUGGAGGAGAUGGCAGAGCUACUAGGGGCUUGCCCAGACGAGCUGUGACUUCUGUGCCAUCCCAGUACUCAAAGAAGAGGACAGUCGCAUAUAGCACCCUCGCCCCAGGAAGGAGGACUCUGGUCCUGGGUCCUGAGAGCUGCUUUUCUUUGGUCCCCAGAUCACAAGUUUCUUUCAAGGGAACUGGACCCACCAGUCCAAUAUGGCUUAUGCCUCUCUUUUGCCCCAAGCAUCACCCAACAGGUUGUGGACCUUAAACCUAGUUUGCUUCCUUUCAGUAUCCUAACAUUUGAGUCUUUUAUUAGAAAUGGAUCCGUGUUAGCCAGUCACUCCCUGUUCCCCUUUGUGCCCAGUGCACUUGGAGUGCUCACUGCCCUUCAUCUGUGUCCCAAGGCUCACUUCUCUGUGACUUCCCAGCUGUCCUGUUAUUUCCCACCUCAUGCUUUUCU